AUGGCUGAGCACUCGGAGCCUGGGUUUUACCUCAAAUGGAAGCAGUGCGAGACCCCCGGGGUGAGGACCUUGUGCAAUCUGAGGAGACUGCUGGACAAAAUUCAGAGAGGUUACAGAGAUGACAUCUACCCCUACACCUCGGGCCAUCUGAAUCCCAACAAGCUCUACAGGCCUCCUGAGACAAUCUUGUACCACUGGUCCAGUGCCCAUCGGCCAAAGCUGGCCGACGUCCUCAAGGCGAGAAGGCCAUCCCCGGAGAAGACUGCCAGGCAGAUGAAAGAGGCUCUGGUCCACUUCACCAUCAACACAGCUCUGGUUCCAGAUGAUGCCCAGGGCGCGCAGCUCCUCAGCUAUCAGGCAGAUGUUUCCCACCCUUCAGAAGAGGAUUUCACUAAGAGAAGGGUUCCAAAAGAAGAGGAAGAGGAGAUGAGUGAGGGCUCCCCAGAUCGGAGGAAGAGGGAGGAGCUCAGAGUGCCCGACCUGCAGGUGCUCAGGUACAAGGCAGCCGGCUCCAGCCGUGAGUGUGCCCUGUCACCCCCGGGCAGGGACCAGUACCACUAUGUCAGCUCCUACUUAGCUGGAAUAACAAAAGCAGACAGGUACAAGAAGUUCUUGAGUUUCCAAAAAGAAGUUCUUGCCAAGCACGAUCUCCUGAGGAAUGAUUUCAAGGGGAGCAAGGCGGCUGAGUGCCAUGAGAGAAAGCUGCACCAGGAGCUGCAGAGGGUCUGCAUGUGCGACCCCCAGGAGUUCAAUAGGCUGCAGGUCUUCGGAGAUGUCUUUGAGGAUAUCUGCAACAGUUCUUUGAUAUUUGGUGAUCUCCUGAGGGAAGUUAAGGAUGAAUAUGAGCUCUACAUGGCGAUUCUUCUGGGCUCCCGCCCCACGGCACAGUAUAAGACGCUUCUGGCUGAAGCUGAAGGGCUGGAGAACAGGACCACAAAGUUGGAGGAUGUGGGGCAGGUGCGGGAAGAGUUGCAGGUUCUCGUGAGAGCCACCAAGGCAGCCCUGGAUCGGAAUGACAACCUCAGAGAUGAGUUGGAAGCUGAGCUGGAGCUGCUGCGGGCUGCUAAGGAGAAAUCAGAAUCAUCUGGGAAAGACGCAAAUGAUGAGGACCGCCUUACUCUUAUUGAGAAAGUUAAAAAGAAGAGGUGUGAAAUACUUGAUAAGUGGGAUGAAAUACAAGCUCUUGAAAAAGAAAUUAAAACAACUUUGAUUCAUACAGCAAUUUCAGAUAUCACUGAGAAUAGGAUUAAAAGCAUAGAGAAUGAAGCAAUAAAAUUUGAAACAGCAAAUAGGAUUUUAACGAAGAAACUAACAGUUAUUGAAAACCACGUGAAGUACACCAUGAAGAAGACCAGUAGGGAGGUACAACAGGAACUUUGGAAAUUUAUUGAGAAAUUCGUAACAUUAGAAGACACAGUAAAUAAGUCUCGAGGGACAGAACAAGAGACUGAUGAAAAUUCCCAACUGCCGUGUACAUAGUAUGGGUGUUUGCAAAAGUAUAAAGUCAUAAAGGCACAUUUCACUUCAUUAGAUAUUACUCCUAGUAAAAUUAAUGUGGUAUUUGCGUCCCACUCAAGCUACUGAAAUAAAUGCACACACACGUGUGAUUGGUUUUUACUGUGGUACCCAUAUUCAUGACAAUAUUAGUUCUUAAAAUAUGAUCUGCUUUUUAAAAAAAUAACUUUCCACUGUGGAAAAUGGUUUGAUUAUUUGAUAAGAAUAAUUCCACACCGCUGUAAUUCAGACCAACUUGUUUAUUUGCCA